UUAUGAGCAACUGGAAAUCUGACAGAGAGCCCAACAGCUAGGCUUUGGGUAUGAGGAGUAUCAGGUCACGAAGGAGGAUGGGUAUAAACUUAAGCUGAAUAGGAUAUCCUCUAGUUUACAAAAUCCAUAGAUAGAGGGAAAGCUCCUAUACUUUUGCACAUCUUUUGUUUGUAGAAGGAGAAUUGUUUACUUUACUCGAUUCAGUCCAUUUUCCUGCUUUCUACCUUGCAAAUCAAGGAAGGGAUGUUUGGAUCAUUAAUAUGAGAGGUUCAAAAUUUAGCCAACGGCAUGUGAGUCUUGACUUUAACACAGAUGAAUACUGGUAUUUUCAUAUAACAGGCUUUUCUAAAAUUCCAGUAUUUGCCUUGUUAUUUGGAGGAACCAACUUUGCUAUUUCAUUAGCUCUUGAAUCAGAGUUCUUCUCAUCAAGAAUCUCUGUAACAGUAUUAGCAUCUAAAGUUCUAAAUUCUGGGCAUACUAAUGGAUUAAUCUAUGCUUUUUUGGGUAAUUUCCCUCUUUUAUCAAUAUUUUAAGGUAAUUACAAAAUGUGUUUUUCAGUGAUAAGAAUAAACUUAUAAGUACUCUUGUCUACACAAUCUCCAAAUGCUUGCCCAGGCACUUCAAGGAU